AAGACUGAUGUACGCCGUUGAUUCAAAUAAUGUUACGGUCUUACCGAGGUGUUUUCAUGAAUUAGUUUUGGUCUAAGACCAUCUCCCAACGAUCGAUAAGCGUCAAUAAAAUGUUCCUCAUUCUAUUCAUUAUUGCGCAUUAAUAGGGUGACAGAGAAACACGAGUGGGAAAUAGACUUGAUGAGAAUCAACCCGAUUUGUUAGCGUGACUAGAAAAACACCCCGUGAUGCUUAAUAUUGUUCAAACACCCAAUCAAAAGCUUAGGUAUAGAGAGCUGACUUAAACGAUUUUCUUCUGCCACACUAAACCGAAAUUCUCAGAAAAACUAAUUCCCAAAAUUUGAAUAGUGUUCAAUCUGAGAUACCGAUGAGGCAAAGAGAAUCGAAUUCACCGUUUCAUUGGUUAAAGAGAUAAAUCUAGUGUCCAGAGGCCGAACUUCCUUACCGUGACUGCUUCCGCCAUAGGUAUACGCGUACGUUGUUGAUCUCAAGCGAAGUGAUGGCUGAAGGACGAUCAGGAGGUCCCUUUGAAAUAGACUACCCAGAAGAUGUCCCGUACAGUCCUUGGAACUUCAACAUCUACACCAUGUUGACGAUAGUUAAACAGACCUGUUUUGGACAUGUCAAGGCCAACUUACAUCAUGUGCUGAAUCAUCUCAUGCCAGGAACAACACAAAUGCUUCUGGAACACAGUGAAUCUCUUGGGCUGGACAACUGCUUCAUGGCAGGUCAAAAAUUUGAUGGGCAACGGGUUGGAAGCAUGCCAGAAGAUGUGCCUAUCGUCCAACCGAUAAGACAACCUAUAGACUCGGAUGAUGAUGUUAUGAGAGAUGUUGGUUUUUCUUUUGAAUGUGAUUAUAAUCUCUGUUUUAAGGAUAUCUCCGCCAGCGAAAAUCCACCGCAGAGAGUUGAUUUGAAGUCCCCAGAGGAGCAUGUACAGUUGCAAGUCCUCCCUUCGAUGCCUCCUGGUUAUGCCCGAUUGGCAGUCCCUCCAAAUGUGGAUUGGGUACCAGGUCUGCAGAGUCUGUGUGUCCAAAAUGAAGAAAUCACACUCUUAUCCUCAGAGCUUCUCAUUGAACAGAUGUACAACGUGUUAACAAUCAUCACGGCCAUAUUAAACGUCCACAGAAUGAAGAAACACCACAGCAACGAUAAACCAUACAACGAAGAAGACUGCAUAUCCCUUGGGGACUACCUCCAGUACGUGGGACAGGCAGGGCCAGCAGUCCACGUGGUCAUGUGCAUGGGAGACUUAAGUCCCCAAAAAGGGAGGUGCCUCUUUCUCACAGAGGACGUCAGUUUGUCUGUGCCCUGUAAAGAAUGGCCCAGCUGUGCUAAGGAAUGGUGCACGAGGGACAGGCCAUCACGUUGGCCAUCACAGGAACUUAUCAAGAAGGUGAUACAGGAUGGGUGUCACAUUGUGCCAAAGUUUGACGCAGCAGUAAAAAGUUCAGUGACCCCAAGUAACAGUGAAAUGGCGGAAGCUGCAGAGGGUAGUAAUUUCCCCCAGACCCAAUGGAGGUACUCAUUCUCGCUGGCAGAAAGAACCCUGAUGAACUCCAUCACAGACGAGCAGAAGAUGUGCUACCUUAUUUUUAAGUACUUAUUCUCCCGAUACAUUAAGCUGGAUUCAGUGAUAACCACCUACACUCCAAAAACUCUUUUUCUGUGGGCACUGGAGACCGUGCCUGUCGAUCAGUGGACCAAAGCAACGAUCGGUGACCGCGUAAAAGACCUCAUGGAAGACCUGAGAACCUGCAUUAAGAAGAAGCACUGUCCGCAUUAUUUCAUUAGUGGGUCCAACACCCUCCAGCAAAUGGACGACAAGAGCCUUAAAGUUACAUUAGAGAAUGGUUUGUCUAUGUUGGAUGAAGAUAUGGCGGAGGCACCAGUUUUGGGCUCAGACACGUUUGAAACGACCUCGGAUUUCCCCGUCAACUUCAUGUUUACGUACAAAUCGUUCUACCCAAUCAACGCCUGGUUGGAAUCACUGAACGCUCAAAUGAUGGCGAAACUUGAUGCACCGAGUAAAGUUCCCUCUGAACAGAUCCUGGCAGAUUUCAUGGACAGCUCGAAAACUCACCCACUAGCGAUGUCAGAGAUUUUAAAAUAUCUUGUUCUAUCGGACGAGAUUUACAGUCAGCCUCUACCCGUUCCAGAGUUCCUCCUGAACCACGGGAAGGUUACACAGCUGAUCAAAUUCUUGGAAAAAUCCAUCACAACACCAGAAAAGUACAAAGAAAGCAUGGCAGAACUUAACGUUGAGAUAAAGUUUCUACACUUGCAGUUCAGAAUAAUCGACGAGCUUCAACAGUUUUUCACAGAAAACCCAAAUGUUGCCUUCAGCUUUAAGUCAAGCUCCGACGAAGGCGGGUCCGAGGGGGAUGAGUAACCUCACGUUAAUCAUUUCCACUUUGAGAUAAACGAGGACGUACCCGCAAUUUGUUUUUUUUUCGGGAAACUCUGAAUGUUUUUGCCGUAUAAUGGAUAAUAUACUAACUAUCAACUCAUAGCGAGUGGUUAAAAUGGACCCUCGGGGAAACCUAUACACUAUAAUCGCACUGAAAUUAUUUCUGGCUGUGGUGGCGCCUUAACCUUCUUCACUGAAGUAAACUGCAAAAUUAGAUGAAUAUUAAUGAUAAGCUGAGAUAUCUUAAUUCAUGUUUUAUUCCAAUUUUUCCCUUGCUAAGAGAAUUUGUGAAGGGAAAUUUUUACUUCAUGAUGGAAGCGACAAGGGGAGAGUGUAGCUUGGUUACCAGACGUUUUCUCUUGCAUCGUAAUCCGCGCAGAGCCUGAGAGAUGGGUCUCUUUCGAUGAGUACACAGGUCAUAUUAGGUAGAGGUUUGAUGAAAGCGAUACCCUACACGAAGCCCGUAUCCACUAAGCCUCUCCAUCUUAGAUAGAAACACCGACGGAAAUUAACCACACGGGGGAUGUACUGUCUGUAAAAUACAUAGGGUCCGUAGAAUCUGCAAGGUAGGGGUGCGACUUUUAAAAGCUGUGGCAAGGAUAAGAAAAACUCUAAUGUCACGCAUAUUAAGGCUAAUUUAAUAAUUCGAUUGAUUAGUUAACAAUUUAGUUAAGAAAAGUAUUUAGGAACUGUGCUUAUCUACAGACAUGUAAAGAAGAUCCCUACGCCAGGACAUGCGUUAAGCUCUCGCUUUGUGGAAAGGAAUGGAAAAGUAGGUGCAAAAAAUAAAAAUAACUUCAGAUGGUGA